GGCAGUGGCUCGAUGGCAACGAGCAUCACAAGACGGCCAACCGCGUUAUAGAGCAGACGGUUCAGGAACCCGAAUCCGAAAACCGAAAAAUUACAAAAUAAGUCCAAAAAAACCAGAGCCAGUUCAGAACCCACGAUUCCCAUUUCCGGCUGCAACUGUGGAGAGCCAAUAAAAUCGCAAUAAAGAAUACAUCGAGCGGAUAAAAAACAAGAAAAACACACAACAAUGUCGAUCUCCGAUUUCCGCAAAAAGAAGCUGCUCUUCCUGUUCAACGUGUUCUUCGAUGUGAACCAAAGCGGCGAAAUCGACGUUAAGGACUUCGAGCUGGCCAUCGAGCGCGUUUGCCAACUGCGCGGCUGGCAGAAGGACACGCCGAAGAACAAGGAGACGUACGACCUCAUGAUGGAAAUCUGGACUGGCCUGCGCUCGAAGGCCGACAAGGACAACGAUGGACAGGUUAGCGUCGACGAGUGGUGCAACAUGUGGGACGCCUAUGCCAAGGAUCCCAGCAGCGUGAUGGACUGGCAGAAUGCCUACAUGAACUUCAUGUUCGAUCUUGAGGACGCCUCCCACGACGGCGGCAUCGAUGUGACCGAGUUCACGCUGGUCUGCUCCAGCUACGGCCUGGAGAAGACCGAGUGCGAGGAGGCCUUCGGGAAGAUGGCCCAGGGCCAGAGCGAGGUCACCCGGGAGCAGUUCGCCGCCUUGUGGAAGGAGUACUUCGCCGCCGAGGACGUCAAUGCGCCGGGCAACUACAUCUUCGGAAAGACCAGCUUCUAAGACCCAGCCAAUGAGCCCAAUGAUAUACUGGACUUAAACCAACAACUACUGGACAAAUGCAACACGUGAAAUUAUUAUUAAAAUAAAUAUAAUAUCUCUAUUAUUCGAUUAUAGACAGUGGAGGCCGAUGGCGAUCUCGAACCUCCCGAUUUGAUGCUCCGUCGUUGUUAGUAGAGUGUUGUUUUCUCUCCAAGAAUCUCAAGUUUUGCCCAAUUCAAAUGUUCUAAUUUAGUAGCGUAAUCUGUCUGUAACCUAUUUAUACUUUAUAUACCAAGGCUUCGAGAAAUGUGCAAGCUGGUGUAUCUCUACACAGAAACAUAUUCGCAGAAGUGUACCUUUACGAACUACGACUAUAUCUAGCAAUGAUAUCAAUUACGAGGUGGGAUCCCGCACAGAUCCGUAUCAAUGUGGUGCGUAAAUUAAAUCAAUUAAACUGUCAAAUUGUUAUGUGUGUGUAGUCGUCGUUUAUCGUCUCGCAUCUAUGGCGUAUAAAUUUAAAUUUAAAUGUAAAUGUAAAGUGUUCCAAGAAAUUACGAUAAUAAAAUCAAAGUAUCUACACGAAUCUCGUCCCUCA